UGAAGCAUACAUCACAGAGCAAUCACAUAAAAAUUCGCCUUUAAUUUAGGUUCUGAAGGAGUGAGCAUUGUUGAAGUAUAUGAUUAUCAGAUUUCAGAACCAUGUCAAUUCAAGAUGAAAUAGCAGAAAGUGAAAAUUUAAGACAACUGACAGAUCCACCACAUCCUCCAGCAAAAGUUUCUGUUAGUAAGUGGGAUAAAUACCUAGAUUACCAAAGUAGCCAGUUGGAGAAGACACGAGGCCAUUUAAUGAUAGUGGCUACUGUUAUUGCAUCCAUGGCUUUCCAAGCUGCAGUCAACCCACCAAGUGAACUCUGGAAAAAUGAUUCCCAAGAAAAAGUAUGCACAGCUGGAAUGAUAAGGGAUACAAUCACAAAUAAAGGGGUAAUCGAAAUAAGAAAAUUAGCAAUAACCUGCAUCCAAAAGUUUAACAGCCAAGAAUUUAUUAUCUGCAACACCAUCGCAUUCUCAGCAUCUCUGAGCAUAAUCUUUCUGCUUACUGUUCUUCCUCUCAAAAAUAGGUUUUCUAUGUGGAUUAUGCUUAUAACCAUAAGCAUCACAGUAAUUUUCAUGGCUGCCACUUACAUGCUCUCAAUCAUAUUAGUUGGAGGAGGGUCAAAGCAAGAAAGGUUUAACAGUGAGAUUCUUUUGUACUAUAUAGUGUUUUGGUUUGGAUUACUAGCAAUUAUUAUUUUACUUUUUGCCCUUCGACUUCUGUUUUGGUUGCUCAAGAUAUUGGUUACUAUAGUCUUCCACGUGAUAAGGUUUCUAUAUCUGAAGGGGAAGCGACAGGGAACUGGAAGUGGUCAACCCACCAGCACCCGUGUUUAAGCAACAUCUGUGUUGUUUAUUUGAUGGGUUUAUAGUUCCAUAGCCAUAUCUCUUUACUAGAUUCUUAAAGUUAUGCAGUUGUGUAGAUUAUAACUGUAUUACCGUUACAGCUUCUUUGGAAUGCAUUUGUCUAUAUGUAUCGAAGGUUAGGAGUUGCAAAAUCUAUUAGGCUUUGCUAAUGCAUUUGUACGAAG